GCAUUGCCAAAUAACACGGAAGCUUUUGAGCAACACACCCGACGCUAACACCCAGCUGUGCGAGGAAUGCUAGCACAACCGGUUUCUUUAGUUAUUGGGACAUUUUUUAUAUUUUCAUCGAGAUUAGGAUAUCGUUCACAAUUCUUGCGCACGGAUUAAUGCUAUGGUUUAGAGUUGUUGUUCUGGCUUGUGACAAAAGCAUGUCGUACUUGAGACGUUGAAAAUGGAGAAGAGAUCGAGUGUUGUGUGACUCUACUCUGGCGCUGUUAUGGAGAAGCCUUGGAGAUUGUGGGGGGCUCUGGAGCGCUGCACCCUCUCUCUGGUCUCGUGGUCCUGGGGCGCAUGUCGCGUCUCUCUUCUGGCUCUCAUCCUCACUUUUCACCUGUAUGGAGGCUUCUUCCUCUUAGCUCUCAUUCUGGCCUCUGUUGCUGCCAUACUUUACAAAUUCCAGGAUGUGCUUCUCUACUUUCCAGACCAGCCCUCUUCAUCUCGACUCUAUGUCCCAUUGCCUACAGGUAUUCCUCAUGAGAAUGUCUACAUUCGUACCAAAGACGGUGUGAAACUUAACCUUAUUCUACUCCGCUACACUGGAGGGGAUGCAGUUCCUGGAGUCACAACUGGCAAUCAAAGCACCUCCUCUCCACCAACUAUUCUUUAUUUCCAUGGCAAUGCUGGCAAUAUUGGCCACAGAGUGCCAAAUGCUCUGCUUAUGCUGGUCAAUCUGAAGGCCAAUGUAGUGCUCAUAGACUACAGAGGUUAUGGGAAAAGUGAGGGUGAGCCAAGUGAGGAUGGGCUUUACUUGGAUGCAGAGGCCACACUGGACUACGUUAUGACUCGACCAGAUCUGGACAAGACUAAAGUGGUGUUGUUUGGCCGUUCACUUGGAGGUGCUGUGGCUGUGCGCUUGGCUUCUGCCAACCCCCAUCGCGUAGCUGCCAUUAUUGUUGAGAACACCUUCCUGAGCAUCCCUCAUAUGGCGUCUACCCUUUUCUCAUUCUUGCCCAUGCGCCUCUUGCCCUUGUGGUGUUACAGGAAUCAGUUCCUGUCUUAUCGGCAUGUGCUUCAGUGCCGCAUGCCCUCUCUGUUUGUGUCUGGUCUUUCUGACCAGCUCAUCCCACCCGUCAUGAUGAAACAGCUCUAUGAGUUGUCUCCAGCACGGACUAAACGUUUGGCUAUUUUUCCAGAGGGCACACACAACGACACAUGGCAGUGUCAGGGCUACUUUGCUGCACUGGAGCAGUUUAUGAAAGACUUACUUAAAAGCCAUGCUAGUGAAGAGUGUGCUCAGCCUUCUGCAAGUGUAACUAUUAUUUAAAACUGUUGACUACAAGAUGAGGCAAAGAAUGUACAUUUGUAUGCAUUUGUCUGCAACAUUAUUUUAUCUCACUUUAUUACUUCUGUUUGUAAAUGUAAUUGCUAUGAAAAAUCUUCAAAGGUUCAUGGGAGGAUGGCUCUGCUGAUUUAUAGGUGUCUUGUGGUGCAGCUAUGAAUGCAUGUAAAACUUAUGACCUUUUUCUGAAAGAUCCCAGAGUAGACCUAACCACUCUAAAGUGCACCCUAAUAAUCUAACGAAUAAUAUCCAGAAGCAAGGGAAGCGAAAUAAGUUACUUUUGAGUCAGUUAACAUCUACUCUGUACAUGUUUAUAAUGAAUUUUUAUCUGGUCUUCUAAUGUGUAUCUAAAAAGACUUUGUGUGCUACUAGGCAGUAACUACCAUGACACAAACUGGUAGUUACUGGAGUACUGAAGAUGUACACCAUGAAGCCCAGUCUCACACAUACUGUAUAGCUAUCGAGUUCUUAAUUUUAUUCUUUGCUGUGUGUCACUGUUUGCAAUAUUUCAAAGACAAAACAACUGAUUGUGGGUUAUGGUGUCAGCCCAUGAUUAUCUGACGCUCUGGCUGUAGUCUGUUGGAGGGCUUUUAAUGAGCUAAUUAACCUUUGGUGCAUGUCUUCCAGGGGUGGAGCAGAGUCUGACAAUGAAAACACUGUUAUCUGCUUGGGCUUACAAAAUGCAGCACACUGCAGUGCACAGCACAGCAACGCAACAAAGCCAUUUGAUUACACAUUUCCUCAGCCAUAUUUUAACUGUUUGUACACUGUACUAAAUCCACACCCCAGAUAUGACACACUGAUGUCUGUCACAUAAUGUUAAAAUAAGAAAACCUAAACUGUUAAUGUGGGUGCAUUUAUAAAAACACAACUCAACUUAUUGCAAAAUGAAUAUCUGAUAAUUCAAAAGAUUAUAAUAAUUGGGGGCAUUAAUGUGACAGAAUUGUGAUGUUCAAAAACCCGAUGAAACUAUCCUCAACAAGCUUCUCCUUUGUCUAUGUACUUACCAAUAUUGUUGUAAUACUGUUAUGGCCCAUUUCUUUUUCACAAUGUGACUGGCACCAAAGCAUUAUAUUGUUUAAUAUGUUAAAUUCCUUUAAUUUUUGUACAGUCUAAAUUCAGGGGAUUUUUGUGAUUAGUUUGUAUAUUUAAGUUUUAUUCCUAAUGAUUGAAUUGCUAAUGUGUUAAUUUAAUUUUGAGUGCAGACUUGGGUCACAUAACAUAGCUUGAAUGUGUUGCUGAAAAUAUCCAAGUGAAUGUCUGGUUUUAAUUUGAUGUGGCAGAAGUACUGUGUUCACUUGUGACUCGAGCCGUGGUCUGUAUAUGAGAAGUGUUGGCACAGAGUCUAUUGUAUUGAGGCAGCACAGUGUUUAGUGGACAUCCUUUAAUUACUCCACAUUAAUGACAUCUGAAUGAACCAUUGUUUUAUACUCAUAAAAUACUCAUCUCAAUGAGUAUUGAGUGCUUUUCCAUUUUUCUAUUUCAAAACAUCAAACUUAUUUUGUAAGCACACUUUCACUUUCUAUUUUCUGUACUGUAACAUGCAAUAAAUUGAUACAUUGAGAUGAA